AUGUCCAACAUAGUGCUGGCCAUGGUGACUUUGACACAGUCCUUCAUAUACCCGGACCAUAUUGCUACUAUCCUACAGGCGCGAAUCUUCGUCAUGCACGUUGGUUCAAUCAAGCCAGGGCAAUCUGUCAAAGUCAUCAUCUCGUAUGCCAUGGAACUAGCUGAUGAUGAAUUGCUGAAUCAAGUUCGAUUCUCCUUGCCGACGUAUAUUGGUGAACGCUACGGGACGCCACCUGGACGCCUUUCGGGAUCAUCGACCACUGCCUGGGCGACCUUCUCAGUAUCCGUUGACAUCCGCAUGACAUCUGUGAUAGAGAACGUUGUCUCUCCAUCUCAUGGCAUCGGCGUGGCAUACGACGAAGAGCGGACGCGCUGUAGCGUGGCAGGUAAAAUCGAUGUACCCCGCUGCGUCGCAGAAGUCCUACCGGAGAAGCGUUCUGUCGCCCUGUCGUUGACGCUCGUCCCUCGCUUUGGCGUCAGACCCAUAGAAAAGCAAGAAUACAUCUUCGUCAUCGAUAGGAGCGGGAGUAUGAUCUGGCAACACGAUGAUCUGUUCCGGACCAUCCGGAGAGCGGUGGCUGCUGCUGGCUCUCCAUCCGGAGGCAAAUAUCUGCGUUUCUUCGCAUUGGGGAUAGGGCAUGGGGCGUCGACCGCGCUCUGCACAGGUAUCGCAAGGGCGGGAAACGGUCUCUGUCUCAUGACGACUCAAAGCGAAGACCUCGCAGGAAAGUGUGCGCGGCUCCUCCGAGCCAGCCAGGUGCCGCCUUCCGGGAAUUUGCGCAACGUCCGAGUAGAUUGGGGCUACAGCUGUGCAGACCCAGAACCUCGCAGCGGUGACAAGCCCGAGCACACGGGAAAGCAGAAGGCGAAGAAAGAGCCCACAGCCUGUACCAGCAUCUACGACGAGACUCAAGCGCCGCAUGCCGUCCCUGACUUUUAUCCUGGCAAUCGCUUCAUCGUCUCAGCCAUCCUCUCGCACACGACGCAUAUCCCUGAUCGAGUCCUACUACGGGGGGAAACACCUAACGGCGAAGCCAUGACACUCGAGGUUGAUGUACAGCGAGCGGAUAUCCAACCAUCCCUGCCGCCUCUCGUUCAUGCUCUCGCGGUACAUCGACUCGUCCAAGAGCUCGAAGAUGGGUCCCUCGAGUCGCAAGGCGCCCACGGUGAAGAGUUCCAAAUAGCAAGCAAGUUCGCGUCCUUCGUAGCUGUGGAACGAGAAGAGCCUGUCGACGCCGACGACGUCACCGUUGUCGGUGAUUUCGAUGCAGAGCUGGAGUGGGGCAAGGAUUUGUUCGACGAUCUGACCACGCCGAUGAACGGAGCCUAUGAUAAAACAGCGGACUUGAAUCGUAUCAAGAGGAAGACCCUGACGACACUCCAGGUCAGGAAGAGUACGCUGCCAGAGGCCCCUCGAUGGCCAGAACCGCAGCCCGAAGAGGUGCAUGACGAAUUAGACGAUGUCGACUUUCUCAGAGAAAUCAUGAGACACCGGGACGCCUCGAAGGGGCCAGGUCCGUUCGAUUCGGGGAUAAACAAGAUCUUGCAACACGCACGACGGUCGUCGAUGCCAGCGCCUUCACUAUCUGCUGAACAUCGUCCACCGAAUGUUAUGCCCAACAACGACCCCAUCACGGAUAUUGCGAGGCUCCAAAGGUUUGACGGCUCGUUCGAGCUCGACAACGCCUUAUGCAGCAUCAUUUCCCCGGACAAGCUAUCCCUGGACGGCUUGAGGGCGACCAUUCCCAUCUACAUUCAGGCUCAUCCCAGAGGUCCGCAGAUGUGGGCGACAGUCCUAGCGAUGGCGUACCUGCGAGCGAAGGUCGGGAACAAAGCAAAUAUCUGGGGAGGGCUCUGGCAGAAGGGGAAGAAUUACGUGGAUAAGUGCCUGCAUGGAGGGACCGUCAACUUUGAACAACUUGUGACGGACGCUGGUCAAAUAACAUCGUAG